AUCGUCCGACAUUAAAAUACCGGUUCUUACAAAGCGAGCUCUUAUUGCCUGUACGAAUCGAGUGUGUUCAAAUAAACGAGAAACCUGUUCGCAACUUAGUAUUUUAUUUUGGAUUUAAUUUCUGAAAAUGUCAGCUAAAAAGUUAGCUCUUAUAAGUGUGUCUGAUAAGACCAAUUUGUUAUUACUGGCAAAAAAACUAAAUGACUUUGGGUUAACACUGGUUGCUUCUGGAGGGACUGCCAAAGUACUGAGAGAGUUUAAUUUACCUGUGCUAGAUGUUUCUGAAAUUACGGAUGCUCCUGAAAUGCUCGGUGGACGUGUCAAGACACUUCAUCCUGCUGUUCAUGCAGGAAUUCUCGCAAGACUAACCGAUUCGGACACUCAAGAUCUUCAAAAGCAGAAUUAUAAUCUUAUUCAGGUAGUGGUUUGCAAUUUGUAUCCGUUUGUACGCACCAUCUCGGAACCCAACGUGACAGUCGAAGAUGCAAUAGAAAACAUUGAUAUCGGCGGUGUGACAUUAUUACGUGCCGCCGCCAAGAAUCACGUUAGAGUUACGGUUAUUUGUGAUCCGACUGAUUACAUAAAGAUCAUCGAAGAAAUGGAAAAUACUGGUAAUAAAGAUACCACUUUGCAGACUAGACAAACAUUGGCUCUGAAGGCAUUCACGCACACGGCUCAAUAUGAUGAUGCUAUUUCGAAUUAUUUCCGCAACCAAUACAGCGCUGGAGUCUCUCAGCUUUCUCUUCGUUACGGGAUGAAUCCUCAUCAAAAACCGGCGCAGAUAUUUACUACCUUGGAAAAGCUACCGUUAACCGUUCUGAAUGGAUCACCAGGUUUCAUCAAUCUGUGUGAUGCUCUGAACGGUUACCAGCUGGUAAAGGAAUUAAAAUCUGCGCUAAAUUUACCAGCAGCUACUUCUUUCAAGCAUGUCAGUCCUGCUGGUGCUGCGGUUGGCGUUCCAUUGGAUAUUACACAAGCAAAGUUGUGUCAAGUAGACGAUCUUUAUAAUGAGCUUACACCUUUAGCGACCGCUUACGCUCGUGCCCGAGGCGCCGAUCGAAUGUCCAGCUUCGGCGACUUUGUCGCAUUGUCCGGUGAAUGCGAUGCCAUAACGGCGAAGAUACUUUCGAGAGAAGUUUCAGACGGUAUUAUUGCGCCUGGAUAUUCGAGAGCAGCACUUGAAAUUCUGAAAAAGAAAAAAAAUGGUAGUUACUGCAUACUUCAAAUUGAUCCGUUUUACGAACCAUCUGAUAUAGAGCGUAAGACCUUGUAUGGUUUGGUCAUGGAGCAGAAACGUAACGACGCUGUUAUUAACAAGUCGACAUUUAAUAACAUUGUAACAAAGAAAGUAAAAUCUUUGCCAACAAAUGCUAUUCGCGAUUUGAUUGUAGCCACUAUUGCUGUUAAAUAUACGCAGAGCAAUUCUGUGUGUUACGCUAGAGAUGGACAAGUGAUUGGCAUUGGUGCUGGACAGCAGUCCAGAAUUCAUUGCACCAGACUUGCUGGAGAUAAGGCUGAUAACUGGUGGCUUCGUCAACAUCCAAAAGUGACAGGAAUGAAAUUUAAGAAAGAUAUUAAAAGAUCAAUGAUCUCUAAUGCUAUUGAUAAUUAUGUCAAUGGUUCAAUAGGAAAAGAUAUGGACGAAAGUUUGUGGGCUGAAAUGUACGAAGAAAUUCCUGAAAAGUUAUCAGAAAACGAGAAAACUAAAUGGUUCAAAGAAUUAAAUGGCGUUGCUCUGAGCAGCGAUGCUUUCUUCCCGUUUAGAGAUAACGUCGAUAGAGCUAGACUCAGUGGUGUCAAAUAUAUUGCAAGUCCUUCCGGUUCUACAAAUGAUGCAUCAAUAAUUGCGGCCUGCCAUGAACAUGAUAUAGUAUUGGUUCACACCAAUUUCCGAUUGUUUCAUCAUUAAACAAGAUACAUUCAUUGUGGUGCUAUUUUUAUAUGACAUAUUAAAGAUAUUUAUCCAAUCAAUAUAUUACAAAGUUCCGAGCUAAGAAAACAAUAUAGAAUAUAUUUUUGUAC